AUGCUUAGCAGAAGAUUUGUGUCUGGUAUUAGUAACCAGUUCCAACAAAUAAUUUUGUCACCUGUAUCACUUAAGAGAAACAUUUUAACUAUUUCUCGAUUAACACCUAAUAUCACUAGAUCAUUUUCGAGCAAUAAUCAAUCAAAAGAUAAAAAAGACAAUCAAAAAGAGACAGACAACGAAGUAUUGAUUGAAAUCGAACAAGAGGAGUUAGAUGAAGAAGUUCUUGCCAAGCAGGAAAGAAUUAGAAAAGAAGUGGCAAAAAGAGUUGCUGCAGCUCAAGCGGUCAAGGCAAACAUACAAACAGACAUCGAAGCUGACAAUCAAACAGUGUCAAACACAACUACAGGUCAAAACUUUAAAGCCGAACAGGACCAACAGUCAGAACAACAAGAGGAUAUAAACCAAAAUAUACCGCAAACUAAAGCAAUCUACUCUGCAUUUGCAGCAGCUCUUGCUUUAAUGGCAGGCAGUACAGAGUUUAGUAGCUUAGUACCACCUCAUUCAGUUCAAAUAGCUGAUCAAUUUGAUUCAAUGUCUUUUUACAUUCCAAUCCUCGAAAAAUCAUCACAAUCUUUGAUUGCUUCUGGAAAUAUAGAUAUCGUUAAAGAGGAAGUUUUAUAA